GAAGCCAGAUUCAGGUCCACGAUAAAGCUCUGACCACCGACUUUCCCCAGAUCCAAGCGUGGUCGGCACCUAGGGACGGCCACUACGGACGGAUGCACUGCGCCGAAGCACGGCAGGCUGGGUUGCGUGGAUACGGUGUGUCUGGGGUUCCUGCUCCGGGUAUGAUUAUUGCCGUUGCGGCCGACGGCGGAUGGUCGGUCUUGGAAGGGCGUGAUCUGGAUUACCUCACAGCACGACGAGACUGUGCUACUGCGACCAGCAACGCUGGGGGAUUGAGGAAAUUAAUUUAUUAAAAGUUAAAUGACGCCGUGAAUACCCUCAACUUGCCCCUCCAACCCCCCCACCAUAGCUCUCGGGCUCCCGGCCCAGAAU